AUGGGGACAGCGGAGGCGCGGUGCCUGCUCGGCCUCGUCCUGCUGGGGGCACCCGGCCUGGCCGCAGGGGCCCUGGCCGAGCCCGAAAUCUGCUACGUGCUGGACGCGGUGCUCUUCCUCUACAGCCUCAUCCUCACCGGCCUCUACAUCCGCCUCAGGUUCGUGACUCAGCGGCUGCGGAGAGCGGAUGAGCAGAAGGAGGAAGAGGCCGUUUAUGCCGGUCUCAGCUCCGGGCACCAGGAGACCUACGAGACCCUACAGAUGAAGAGCUCGUGACCCCCCCGUGACCCCAAACCCCCGCACCCCAUUUCCCACCCCCCUGCCACCACCGGGAUGGAAAAUUGGGAUUUUUUUUCC